ACUCAGAUGUGGCCGGAUUUGAUGAAGAAAUCAAGGGAAGGUGGGCUAGAUGCCAUUGAAACUUAUGUUUUUUGGAAUGCUCAUGAACCUGCUCGUCGGCAAUAUGAUUUUAGUGGCAACCUAGACCUUGUAAGGUUUCUUAAAGCAAUCCAAGAUGAAGGACUUUAUGCUGUUCUUCGUAUUGGACCGUAUGUUUGUGCUGAAUGGAAUUAUGGUGGCUUUCCUGUGUGGCUGCAUAAUAUGCCUGGUAUUCAGAUGAGAGCUGAUAAUCAUGUUUUCAAGAAUGAGAUGCAAAACUUCACUACGUUGAUUGUUGACAUGGUGAAACGAGAAAACCUUUUUGCAUCACAAGGAGGUCCUGUUAUUCUUGCUCAGAUUGAGAACGAAUAUGGCGAUGUCAUGUCAUCUUAUGGAGAUGAAGGGAAGGCAUACAUGAAUUGGUGCGCGAACAUGGCUCAAUCUCUUGACAUUGGAGUUCCAUGGCUCAUGUGCCGGCAGGACGAUGCUCCAGAACCAAUGAUCAGUACAUGCAAUGGUUGGUAUUGUGAUCAAUACCAGCCUAGGAGAUCAAAUAUUCCUAAAAUGUGGACUGAGAAUUGGACUGGCUGGUAUAAGAAUUGGGGUGGUAAAGAUCCACACAGGACUGCUGAGGAUCUUGCUUUUGCUGUAGCAAGAUUUUAUCAGAUGGGAGGCACUUUCCAAAACUAUUAUAUGUACCAUGGUGGAACUAAUUUUGGUCGAUCAGCGGGGGGUCCAUACAUUACUACAUCCUAUGAUUAUGACGCACCCCUCGAUGAAUAUGGAAACCUGAACCAGCCAAAAUGGGGGCAUUUGAAGCAACUUCAUGACCUAUUGCAUUCCAUGGAGGAUAUUCUUACAACAGGGAACGUUUCCUCUGUCGAUUUGGGUGAUGAUUCUGUUUGGGGCACUAUAUAUUCAAAAGAAGGUGGAUCAAGCUGUUUUUUGGCCAAUGUAGACCAAGGGAGUGAUAAAAGAAUCAAUUUCCAAGGCGUAAAUUAUACAGUACCGGCAUGGUCUGUUAGUAUACUUCCAGAUUGUCUAAAUGUGUCUUACAACACAGCCAAGGUAUCUACUCAAACAUCAGUGAUGGUCAAGAAAGCAAACGUCGCUGAAGAUGAGCCCAUUUCUCUUAAAUGGUCAUGGAGACCUGAAAUGGACGAUAGGACUAUACUUCUUGCAAAGGGAGAUGUCACCGUUAAUCAGAUUCUUGACCAAAAAGAGGCGGCGAAUGAUUUGAGUGAUUAUUUAUUCUACAUGACAAGUGUUAAUCUUAAAAAAGAUGAUCCAGUCUGGAGUUAUAAUAUGACACUCCGGGUUAAAAGUAGCGGCCAAAUUCUUCAUGCCUUUGUUAAUGGAGAACUUAUUGGUUCUCAGUGGUCUAAGAAUGGCGGUGAGAAUUUUGUUUUUGAGCAAAACGUGAAAUUGAAUCAUAAGAAAAACACAAUUAGCCUGCUCAGCGCUACAGUUGGUUUCACGAACUAUGGAGCCAAUUUUGAUCUGGCACCAUCUGGGAUUACUGGUCCAGUCGAACUGAUUGGCUACCAUGGUGAUGAUGAGAUAGUUGUCAAGGAUUUAUCAUCACAAAAAUGGUCAUACAAGAUUGGAUUGGAAGGUCUGAAUCAAGAACUCUACAGCAGUCAGUCUCUUAAGUGGCAAGAAGAUAGCUUCCCUGUAAACAGGACCUUAACUUGGUACAAGACUGUGUUCAAAGCUCCUUUGGGAACAGAUCCUGUUGUGGUAGAUUUACUUGGAAUGGGAAAAGGUCUAGCUUGGGUUAAUGGUAACAGCAUUGGACGAUAUUGGCCGAGUUUCAUAGCUGAGGGUGAUUGCAAUCUUGAACCAUGUGAUUAUCGAGGUUCAUACGAUAGCAACAAAUGUCUCUCUAACUGUGGCCAUCCAACUCAAAGAUGGUAUCAUGUCCCAAGAUCAUUCCUCAAUGACAAUGGCGAUAACUCAUUGGUCUUGUUUGAAGAGUUUGGUGGAAACCCUUCAUCGGUUAAUUUCCAAGCUAUUGCUAUUGGAUCAGCAUGCAUCAGUGCUGAGGAGAACAGGAAGAUCGAGCUCUCAUGCCAGGGAAGACCGAUUUCUGCUGUUAAAUUUGCUAGCUUCGGUAAUCCACAAGGGGCUUGUGGAUCUUUUGUGAAGGGAUACUGUGAGGGAUCAAAGGAUGCAUUAUCUGUUGUCGAAAAGGCAUGUGUUGGCCAGGAGUCGUGCACCAUUGAUGUUUCCGAAGCUACAUUUGGCUCGACUACCUGUGGUGAUGAUGUUAUCAAGACCCUUUCUGUGGAGGCUAUUUGUUAGGGCUUUUUUACUUUCUUUCGUUAUUAGUUCUCUCUAUUAGACAACGAUUUUUUUUUUUUUUAAUUUUAGG